AUGAGGACUCCGAAAUCAUUCAGAAUCUUCAAAUCGUUGAAUUGUGAGAGCUGUGAGCAAGCAUUUUCCUCAUCGCUGGACGAUCUGAAAUCUCCCCGUAAUCUGAAUUGUGGUCUUUCCGUUUGCAAAGAUUGUUAUGAAACAGAAACAUUGCCAAAGAAACAUCCACAUUACAAGAAGCAUCGCUGUCGAGCUGAAUGCUUCAACAAUUUCAAUCCUGCACACUUCAUCAUUGAUAUUCUCUCAUCAAAACACGUCAUAUUGGCGCCUGAUGGCAGUGGUUAUAUUUUGAGUGAUGAAUUUGAAGAACCGAAAUGCUCGCUCUGUCACGAGAAAUAUAUUCUGAAUGAUCGAAAGCCAUCAGUUCUUUUCUGCAAUCAUCUUCUUUGUUAUCGUUGUUUGAAAGAAAGAUGGAUUCCAACGGCAAACAUCAAAUUUCCCCAUUCAAUCGUUUGUCCUCAAUGCAAAGAAUUGACUUUUUACGAUGAUGUCAAUCAUGGACAAGCGAUUGAUUUUCUCCGCGAAUUGCCAGCAAUGAGAGAGCAAAUGAAUCGUCUAAAAGCAGCCACUCAAUUUGAAUGCAAAGAUUGCGAGAGAAUGGCGAAGAUUGAUGAGAUUUUUACAUGCACAGAUUGCAAUUAUCAGACUUUUCCAAAGAUUGACUGUACCGUGUGUCAAGAAGAAUUUCUUCCAGAGGAUCUGAAACCAAUCCAACUCUACUGCAAUCACGCUGUCUGCUUCCGUUGCAUUCAACAUAUCCGAACUCCAACAGCUGAUCGCAAAUUUCCGCACAAGAUCAUUUGCCCAAUUUGUCGAAUUGAUGCUUUUUAUGAUAAUGAUCAUUCGAGUCCAUAUUAUGGCAAUGUUGUGGCUCGUGCGGAGUUCGGAAUCACAAAAAUCAUGAUUUACGAGAUUUUACUAAAGAAGAAGUGGAUUUUUGAU